AUGGGGGUCGCCAAGGGAACAGUGGCGACGGUGUCGGCGAACGUGUGUGACUUCAUUCUCGCGGCGGUGCGCGAUGAGCUGCGCGUCGAUGGUCGCAAGCCCUUCGAUUAUCGCUCCUGGGACCGUCGCACAGGCAACUCCCGUGCGCCCUCUCUCGUGCGCCCGUUAUACCCCCAUGCGAGUGCCACUGGCGAUGGCGGAGCUGCAGCAGCACAAGCCCCCCACUCCCCGCAUCCCCACGCCCCCCACCGCCUCCCCUCUCCCCCAUUGCCUGCCUCCCUACUCCCCACACCGCCUCCCUGCUUCCCCCUCCCACUCCCCACAUCGUCCGCCUCACCACUCCACCCAACUCCUCCCCACUCCCCCAUUUGUCCGCCUCACCACUUCCCCCACUGCCUCCCCACUCCCCCCAUCGUCCGCCUCACCUCUCCCCCCACCGCCUCCCCACUCCCCCCAUUGGACGACGGCACAACAGAGGUGCAGCUGGGCAGCACUCGGGUCCUCGCCUCAUUGUCAGCCGCCUCACGCUGCCCUUCUCCUCAUGUCUCUCUCUCCUGCUUUGCUCCUUCCCCCAUCCAUCCCCCAUCCCCCCUGCCAGAGACGACGGUUAGAGCAGAGGUACAACUGGGCAGCACGCUGGUCCUGGCGUCAGUAACAGCAGCCCUCACGCUGCCCUUCCCCGACCGCCCCUUUGGCCAAGCCCCUUUUCGUGCUUACGUACCCCAUCGCCCCUCUACCAGGGACGAUGGCACAUCAGAGGUGCAGCUCGGCGGCACGUGGGUCCAGGCGUCCGUGUCAGCAGCCCUGACGCUGCCCUUCCCCGACCGCCCCAACGAGGGCUCCCUGGCCGUCUUCACGGAGCUCGCCCCCAUGGCUGACCCGCGCUUCGUGCCGGGGCGCCCGGGGGAAGAGGCGAUAGAGCUGGGGCGCAUCAUUGACCGCGGGCUCUGUCAGAAUCCCAGCCACUAA